AUGCAGAUCGUAGCUGUUGUUCUGGAUUCAUCCCUAAUAUACAUCCUGCUCCAGGUAGCAUUUUAUGGGGAAAUAACCUCAGGGCUGCCACCACCCCAGUACAUAUGCUCAUCAUCCAUCUGUUUCUCUUUCUGUUUGAUCCUUAUGGCAGUUGAGAGGUCAAAGUCGCAACAGGUGCGGAGUACAGGUGCUAUCAGACGGACUUCCUCUCUGGGCGCUAUCACCGGGCCCUACCUGAUAGGGCAGUGGCCACGUGAAUCCCACCUGCACAACCCCUCAUGCAUGAAAGACAAGUCCACACAGAUUGCUAAGCUCAGGCUGCAGCUGCAGUGCAGUAAGCAGAGCGGAGGCCGGCAGUGUAAGGACAGUAAAGAGCAUCUUUCCCCCCUCCCCUGCUGCAGCAGCACCACCACCAUUACUGCCACUACCAUCAGCACAGCUCCGUCAUCCAUGUCGAAGUCAGCACAGAUGCCGCUGUCCAACAUCACAGUGCCAAAGCCCUCCAUCUCAAGGGUUCCCAGCAGCAUGGAGGGCAUCAACCAUGAGCUGGAGAAAGUUUUCAUCAAAGACAACGGAGAGAAAGAGGAGCUCAAGGCGCUGGAGGUUCCUGACGGGCGACGGGCUCCGUUUCCUCCUCAGCAGCGCAGCAGCAGCAGUCGUGGUAUAGACACUCAGACGCCAUCAGUGCCUGGACGCUCCAGUAGCUGCUCGAGCCUGUCGCCCUGCCCCUCGCCCGCUUGCCCGCCCCGCUCACAUGACGGCAGCCCUUACUCCACCGACGAGAUGCUGGACGACAGAGACAAAGACAGCGGCAGCAGUUCUCCUCUGCCUAAAUUCGCCUCGUCCCCAAAACCCAACAACAGCUACAUGUUCAAACGGGAGCCUCCAGAGGGCUGUGAGAAGAUCAGAGUGUUUGAGGAAAUGACGUCCAGACAGUCAGCCACCGUCCCCCUUUUUUCCUGCCCUGACAAAAACAAGGUAAACUUCAUCCCCACCGGCUCUGCGUUCUGCCCUGUCAAGCUCCCGGGAUCCCUUCUCCAGCAGAAAGAGGAAAGCCAAGCCGGCCCCAGCAGCGGCUCACACCCCCUCGCCCCACACCAUCACAUGCCCACUCAGGUCUCCACCAGCACGAGCACAGACGACCCUCCCGAAUCUCCCUCCCAACAGCAGGAGGCGUCCUCAGAAUCGGCCUCCCAGCCUCAGAACUUUGAAGUCAGCUAAACGUGGCAGAGCUGGUCUCGGUCGCGCCGCUCCGCACCCAUGUAGAGGACCGUUCGAUCCCCGCCCCAAACUUCCUCUUCUCUCUCUGAUGGACCCCACCUUUGUGCUGAAUCUUUACUAUCUGCAUGGCAUAGCAACUGUGGCCCGAACGAGAAUAGUAAAUGCAAACGCAGCCGAGGGGUUCGAGUAUGUGGCAAUGCCACGCUUCGGUGUCUGGAUGGGAACGGCGUCUGAAGGAUGCGUUUUGGGAAAAGGACCUUAGAAUAUGCAAAUCAAAAAUUCAAAUGGCUUCACUGUUAUCUUGAUAAAUGAGUGAGAGUCUCAUACGGAAAUCUUAUUUAUUAAAUUUGCCUAUUGACAAGUUCAGUCACAUUCCAGAAAUUCCCAUUUUGCUUUUUUAGUGUAGGAUGUGGAUGCGUUCGCAGGUGCUUUUCCGUCUGAUUUGAUUCCGCGUUGAUCCCGAGCAACUGCACAGCUGUUUUCAAAUGCAGCUUUCGUGUGUGCUUAAAAUUUAAGCAAAGUGGCUUUUGUAUGAGCACUAUAAUCAGACAGCGCAAAGCGAAGUGUCGCCUUCGAAAACACCGCCGAUUUACAAGGAGAAAGAUGACUGACCUUUUCAGGAAGGUCUUAAUAGUGUCAGGGCAUGCAUUUUAAACUGAUCGUAUGUUUAACAUUAAAUUAUGUGUCGUGUUCUCUUUCAACAUCCACAGUAUGAAUAAGCUCUCUCUCUAUCAAUAUAUCUAUAUAUGAAUCUAUAAAUAUAAAAAAAAGCUUGUUUGAAUUUAAAACCGUGUAUUGCUGUGUUAUGUACAUUUUGGGAAAUGAGCUGUACUCCAUGGGUUGACGACUGUCCAGCUUUCCUAGCUUCUGACGAUGGUGCAGAAAGAGAAAAACACACACUUUGUUGCACGGUGUCCACCUGCAGCCUCGCUUCGCGGUUUAAACUCAGGUAAAAUUCACAUUCAGAUCCGUCCCAUCAUUCUCUGCGCUCCAUCACAUACCAUGUUGGGAGGUGCUGUCCGGAUGAUGGGUUUGAUUGGGUGGGACACACUGUGUGUUGAAAACAUUAGACAACCCUCAUGAAUCAGACGUGUAUCAUCACAGUCACUAUAUGACAUGCAUUCAAAUUUAAUAUGACAAACAACAGCCCAGAUCACAGGUUUGAGGAGAUGCAUUUUCUAGUGGCAUGUUAAAAAAAAAAAAA